AUGGUGCGGCGUCACUCCACGGUCUCCUCCUCGUCCUCUGAGGACACAGAGGAGGCUCUGAGAGGCUUCGACUUCCUGUGCAGCUCAGAGGACAGCGCCACCUCUGACCUGGACCUGAGUCUGGGCCGCUCCUGGGACCAGAGCGUCAUCGAGGAACUGAAGGAGCAGUACAAGAGGGAGAGGAGGGGCAAGAAGGGGGUCAAACGUCCAAACCGGUCUAAGUUGCAGGACAUGUUGUCAAACCUGCGAGAGGCCGAAGACCUGUCCCCUGGUCCUCCACGGUCUGGAGUGGGACGCUUCAGCGAGGACCAGGGACGACCCGAACACGAGUCGGUCUUCGCAGCGUCCCAGGGGAAGUCCUUCCUCUUGGGGCCGGUGGAUGAGGCUGUGUCCCUGGACCUGGGUCUGGGGGAACUGGCAGGAAUCACAGUGUCCAACGAGUGUGAGGCGUCAGAGUACGAGGUCCCGGUGAGCUCAGUGGACUCUGUGAGGAGAACCUGGUCUCAGAAGUUCAGUCUGAGGAGCCACCUGGACUCGGUCCGGUCUGUGGUCUUUCACCCCACAGAGCCCCUUCUGCUGACCUCCUCUGAGGACCACACCCUCAAGCUGUGGAAUCUGCACAAGGCCAGCCCCAGCAAGAAAUGUGCUGCUUUAGACGUGGAGCCCAUCUAUACCUUCAGAGCUCACAGUGCUGCGGUCCUCAGUUCGGUGAUGAGUUCUUCUGGAGACCAGUUCUUCAGUGGAGGAGCAGACGGCGCCAUCUACAGCUGGAACACGCCCAGUGCGACCACAGACCCCUACGACGCAUAUGAGCCCAAUGUCCUGCGGGGGGCGCUCUCUGGUCAUUCUGAUGCAGUUUGGGGCGUGGCCUAUAGCUCCGCCCACCAGCACCUCAUUUCCUGUUCGGCCGAUGGGACGGUGAGGGUUUGGGACGCGACCGAAACGCGACCAGCGCUCGCCGUGAUCCGAGCGCCAGAGUUGGGGGCCCCCUCCUCUGUGGCCCUGCUGGCCUCUGAUCCGGCCUUGGUGGUCUGCUCCUUCACCUCCGGAGCCAUCGCCCUCAUCAACCUGGAGACGCAACAGCAGGUCCUGAGGCUGGAGACCGAGACCAGAGAGGAGACCAGGGAGGAGACCGGACCAGGGACCAGGGAGGAGACCGGACCAGGGAGCAGGGAGGAGACCGGACACGAGACCAGACCAGAGACCAGGCCGGAGACUGGGAUCAACCAGGUCCUCAGCCAUCCCUCUCUGCCUCUGAGCAUAGCGGCUGGAGAGGACCGACAGAUUCGUUUCUAUGACAACAACACAGGUAAACAGGUGCACUCGAUGGUGGCUCACCUGGACUCGGUCACCUGUCUCUCUGUGGACCCCAACGGCCUCUACCUGCUGUCAGGAAGCCAUGACUGCUCAGUGCGGCUGUGGAGCCUGGACUCUCGCACCUGUGUCCAGGAGUUCACUGCUCACAGGAGGAAGUUCCACGAGUCCAUCCACAGCGUCUCCUUCCACCACACCCUGGGAUACAUGAGCAGCGGGGGGUCUGACGGGCUGGCCAAGGUCUACGUGUGA